UGACCUUUAACUAGCCUCAAUAUACGUACAUAAAAAUAAAAUAUUUCUCAGUUAUACUUCCUAGGCAGUUUGAGUAUAAUCAAAACCGCAGGUUUAUUUUUAAUAUGAGACAUCUGUUCCGAUAUAUAAAAUUCAUAUUUUCAUUUUCUGAGGAUAUUGAAUGUAAAAAACUAAUAUUUCUUGGUGGAAAAGUGCAUAUAAAAGGAAAGACACAUGCGAUUAUGGCUGAUAUUGUUAUAAAAUGUUUAUAAAUGUGGUUGUUGCAUUGUGUUUUGUAUUAAAUGUUGUUAAAAGUGAAACGUUUCCUUCACUGUUGACUACAAAUGCUACAAUAGCUAUCGUAAUAGAUAAGGAGUAUUUACCUACAGAAUAUGAUGAAAUUAAAAGUAAAAUAGAAGAAUAUUUAGUUUAUGCCAAAAGGGAGAUAUUGAGGCAUGGAGGUGUAAACGUGCAAUUCUAUGCUUGGACAGCUAUAAAUGUAAAAAGAGAUCUGACUGCCAUACUUAGUAUAACCUCUUGCGCAAAAACAUGGGCAUUAUUUAAAGCUUCUGAAACUGAAAAUCUAUUACACAUGGCUAUAUCAGAACAAGAUUGUGCUAGAUUACCUCAAAACGAAGCAAUAACCAUACCCAUCAUUGACAAAGGACAAGAAACUCCACAAAUGUUAUUAGAUUUAAGAACGAUUGGAGUGUACAAAUGGAAGAAAAUGAUUAUUAUAUAUGACAAUAAAGUUUCUGAUGACAUGAUAACGAGAAUAAUUAGAUCAGUAACCAAACAAGCCAAUCGCAUCGGUGCAUCUGGUAUAUCUCUAAUGAAGCUUUUUUCAAGUUCUUCCUUGUCGAUUGAAGAAAUCCGGUCGAAUUUCAAAGAAAAACUCUCCACUAUAGAUCCAAAAACCGUCGGUGGUAACUUCCUAGUAAUUGUUAGUUUCGAAUUCGUCGAAAUUAUUAUGGAGUAUGCAAAAGAACUAAAAUUAGUGGACACACUUAAUCAAUGGCUAUACGUAAUAUCCGAUACGACGAAUAAAAUUACAGGGUUAAUGAGAUUUAAAAGACUAUUAAAAGAAGGCGAUAAUGUAGCCUUUAUUUAUAACAACACUAUUUCAAAGAAGAGCUGUAAGGGUGGAAUGAUGUGUCAUAUAGAAGAAAUAUUAGCUGGUUUCACGAAAUCCUUGGAUAGUGCAAUAGUGGAUGAAUUUGAAACAGCUGCACAGGUUUCUGAAGAAGAAUGGGAAGCUAUUAGACCUACUAAGCAGGACAGAAAAAAUGAUUUAUUAGAAAAAAUGAAGAAAUAUCUUACUGACUACGGCGUUUGUGAUAACUGUACCACAUGGAAGUUUGAAACUGGAGAGACAUGGGGCAGGGAGUAUUUAGACAGCAUACGUUCAGAACAUUCCAUAGCGGAGAUAUUGCAAGUUGGCUCUUGGAGACCUAGCGACGGUCCAACUAUGUCUGACGAACUAUUUCCUCACAUUUCGCAUGGAUUUAGAGGAAAAACUCUUCCAGUAGUUUCUUUUCAUAAUCCUCCAUGGCAAAUUCUCAAGGUCAACGAAUCAGGAGACGUCAUUGAAUACAGUGGUAUAGUUUUCGAUAUUAUGAGAGAGCUGUCCAAAAAUUUAAACUUUACUUUCAACGUUGAAAUAGUAAAAUCCCACUUUCAAUACAAUGUAACAAGGUAUAAUCCCAAAAACGAGACUACAGCGUUCCUGGAUGUUAUAGAGAGUUCAGGAAUUUCCACAUACACAGUACCUCAAGAAAUUUUGGAAUUAGUUCACAAUAAGUCAGUAGCAAUGGGUGCUUGCGCGUUUACUGUUACAGAAGAAAACAAAAAACUGAUAAACUUUACCAGCCCAAUUAGUAUUCAGUUUUAUACCUUUUUAGUAGCAAGACCUAGAGAACUCAGUAGAGCAUUGUUAUUCAUAUCACCAUUUACAGGAGGGACUUGGUUGUGUCUAGCGGCAACUAUUAUAUCCAUGGGCCCCAUAUUGUACUGCAUACAUAAGUACAGCCCUGUAUAUGAAUACAAAGGUAUACGAGGUAAAGGUGGCUUAGCUACUAUUCAAAAUUGUAUUUGGUAUAUGUACGGGGCACUCUUGCAACAAGGUGGAAUGCAUCUUCCAUACGCAGACAGUGCUCGUAUAUUGAUAGGAUCUUGGUGGUUGGUUGUUCUAGUAAUUGGGACAAGUUACUGCGGAAAUUUAGUAGCUUUUCUUACAUUUCCCAAAAUCGACAUUCCCAUUACCACCAUAGACGAGCUUAUCCAACACGUCGAUACACUGACAUGGAGUUAUGGAAAGAAUACAUUUCUCGAAGCACAGCUACAGGUUACAAAAGAUAAAACGUACAGAAUAAUUUACGAACAUAGCAAGGAUGUGACCGAUAAGCGGAACAUGAUCAAUUUGAUCAAAGCUGGAAAGCAUGUCCACAUCGAUUGGAAGAUCAAGCUGCAAUAUAUUAUGAAGCAACAGUUUCAAGAAAGCGAUACUUGUGAUUUAGCUUUAGGAGCUGAUGAAUUUUUUGACGAACAAAUUGCCUUAAUUGUCUCACCUGAUACACCAUAUUUAAAUAAAAUUAAUACUGAAAUUAAAAAACUACACCAGGUCGGUUUAAUACAGAAAUGGUUAGAAGAUUAUCUACCAAAAAAAGACAAAUGUUGGAAGAAAAAACGCAGUGUUGAAGUGAACAAUCAUACUGUCAACUUGGAUGAUAUGCAAGGCAGUUUCUUCAUUUUAGCUUUAGGUUUCCUCUUAUCAUUUAUUGUAAUAUUUACUGAAAAACUAUGGUGGAAGAAAGUCACAAAUAAAGAAAACAACUCAGAAGUCCAACCGUUUACAACAUAAUUUAUUUUUCAAAUUUAUACAUUUUGUAUAUUUUAUUUUUUAUUAAUACCAUGUAUUAUAAUAUUUAAUAUAAUAUUAGUAAAGUUUACAUCUAUAUCACUUGUUUUUAAUAUAAUAUCUAUAAUCUAUUUGUAUACUACAAAAUUUAAAUUAUUUGGAUUUGAAGUUGUCAAAUAUCAUUUGGUACGUAUAUUGCGAUAAAAAAAGUAGUACAACAAAAUAUGAUUUAAUCUGCUGGUCUAUAAUAAAAUAAAAAAAAACUUGAAAAAUUGCCCAUUUUUAAAAGGUAGGUAAAUUUUUUAUAUCUUUAUUUCGCCACGUAUACCUACCAAUUAUUACCAAAUUCAUUAUAACGCCUAAAAAGUUAGGUGGCAUAAUUGUAUUGUUCGACGAUAUUCACUUCUCGAUAUCCAGAUAUAUAGACCAGGAGUUCUAUCUGGAACUACUAAUUCUUGUACUACUUUUUUUUAUCGCAAUGGUACAUGUAAGAAUGUAAAAGCUACUUAACAACACUGUACAAUAUUUUAAAAUGCUUCAAAAUAAUGUUAAAAAUGCGUAAAAAUUAAAAACAUGUUUCAAUUAAUAUAAAUUUGGUGUGGUUUAUAGUAAUGUCAAUUUAUUUAAACUGAAUAGCGUUUUGAAGGAAAAAUGCUUGAAUAACUUUACUCUUUUUAUAUAUUUUUAUAAAUUAGUUCCUUUAUACAAAAAGCUAUCCAAUUGUAAUAUCAUAUUCAUUUAAAUUAGAAAACAUUAGUAAAAAGACUAGCUAACAAAGAUGUAAACUGCUAAAAUGAUCUUUAUUUUUGAAGGUAGAUCCCCAAGCGCCAUACUUGGGAUCCACAGAUGAUUUUCCUUGAGUCUUGUUCGUUUUUACUUCAGGUUUAGAAAACGUGGAAGACAUAAUCUUU